AAAUCCCAUUCUGUAUUUGCAGGGGCUCGGUGCUGCUUGCUUGUCAGCAAUGGCAAAGCCUCAGAGCAAGGAUUCGGGACUGAAGGAGAAGUUCAGGAAUCUCCUGGGGCUGGGAACAUCCCGGGGAAGUUCAAAGUCAUCGGAGGGCAAGCAAACAGAGUUUAUCAUCACUGCGGAAAUACUCAAGGAACUGAGCAUAGAAUGUGGAUUAAGUAAUAGGAUACGAGCAAUCAGUCAAAUUUGUGAAGUGGCGAAAACAAAAAAAAUUGAAGAGCAUGCAGUGGAAGCAAUAUGGAAGGUGGUAGCGGAUAUGCUCCAGCCAGAGCGCCCCAUCGAAGCCAGACAUGCUGUUCUUCAUUUGCUAAAGUCAAUCGUUCAAGGACAGGGUGAGAGAUUAGGGAUCCUCAGAGCACAUUUUUUUAAAGUUAUUAAGGACUAUCCCUCCAAUGAAGACUUGCAUGAACGACUUGAAGUGUUCAAGGCUCUAACAGAGAAUGGACGAUACAUCACCUACUUAGAAGAAGAGUUAGCUGACUUUGUACUACAGUGGAUGGAUGUUGGUUUGUCUUCUGAGUUCCUUCUGGUUUUAGUGAACCUGGUGAAAUUCAAUAGCUGCUAUCUGGAAGACUAUGUUGCUGACAUGGUCCACAAGAUAUGCCUCUUGUGCAUUCAGACUUCGUCAUCUGUGGACAUAGAGAUUUCCUUGCAAGUCCUGGAUGCAGUUGUUUGCUAUAACUGUCUGCCAUCAGAGAACCUGCCAGUAUUUAUCAUCACUCUGUGCCGUACCAUCAACGUGAAGGAGCUCUGCGAGCCAUGCUGGAAGCUUAUGCGCAACCUUUUGGGAACUCAUUUGGGACACAGUGCCAUCUACAACAUGUGCAGGAUCAUGGAAGACAGAGCUUACAUGGCGGAUGCAGCGCUGCUGAGAGGAGCUGUAUUCUUUGUUGGGAUGGCUCUGUGGGGUGCUCAUCGCCUCAGUUCUCUCAAGAAUUCCCCAACUUCAGUGCUGCCUUCGUUCCUCAAGGCCAUGACAUGUCCCAAUGCAGUUGUAUCUUAUGAGAUAGUUCUGUCCAUAACACGUCUAAUAAAGAAGUAUGGGAAGGAGCUGCAAGCUGUAACAUGGGAUAUCCUUUUGGACAUCAUGGAGCGAUUGCUGCAACAGCUGCAGAGUCUGGAGAGCCAAGAACUUAAGUCCAUUGUACAUGAUCUUUUGACUACAGUAGAAGAACUCUGUGACCAGAAUGAAUUCCAUGGCUCUGAAGAGAGAUUUUUUGAGCUGGUGGAAAGAUGUGCUGAUCAGAGACCAGAAUCUUCUGUAUUAAACUUGAUAACAUACAGAGCUCAGUCCAUUCAUCCUGCCAAAGAUGGCUGGAUUCACAAUCUGCAGACGUUAAUGGAGAGAUUCUUCAGGAACGAAAGCCGUAGUGCUGUUCGUAUUAAAGUUCUGGAUGUCUUGUCCUUUGUCCUGAGUAUUAACAGACAGUUCUAUGAGGAAGAGCUGAUAAACUUGGUUGUGAUCUCUCAGCUGGCUCACAUCCCAGAGGAUAAAGACCAUCAAGUCCGAAAACUGGCCACUCAGCUACUCGUAGACCUGGCUGAAGGCUGCAACACGCAUCACUUUAACAGCUUGCUUGAUAUCAUAGAAAAGGUGGCUGCACAUUCUCUCUCAUCUCCUUCUGAACUGGAGGAGAGGGACUUGCUAUCGUAUUCAGCUUCUUUGGAAGAUGUCAAGACAGCAGUUCUUGGACUCCUGAUAAUUCUUCAGACUAAACUCUACAGCCUACCCUCCAGCCAUGCAAUGCGGGUGUAUGAGAUGCUGAUUCAGCACGUCCAGCGCCAUUAUAUAUAUGCAUACAGCCUUGCUGUUGCUAGCAGCAUCAGAUUGCAGGUAUUUGAUUUGCUGCUGAUGCUUCGAGCUGACUCCCUCCACCGUCUUGGCCUUUCCAACAAGGAUGGAGCAGUGAGGUUCAGCCCUUACUGUCUAUGUGAUUUUGUAGAAGCAGAGAAGAGGGCUGCUGAGAAAAAGCCUACUGGUACGCUCUCUCCACCUUCAGGAAGUCCCAGUGUGCCUUCCCAGAAUGCCACCAUUCGUAUAGGGCAUCUGCCGUAUUCGAUGGUGUUUGGCGUCCUUCUGCAGUGUUUGAAGCAAGAGACAGACUGGAAGGUGUUGAAGUUGGUCCUCAACAAAUUACCUGAAUCCCUCCGCUAUAAAGUGCUAUUUUUAACCUCUCCUUGUAACAUAGACCUCCUGGCCUCUGCACUGAGCUACAUGCUCACAGACAAAAAGACUACUGACAGGCUCCAUGGUACCCCAGAAGGCUUUUCCCGCACUGAUUUGCACCUGGCUGUAGUUCCAGUACUGACGGCGUUAAUAUCUUACCAUAAUUAUCUGGACAAAGCUAAACAGCGUGAAAUAGUGUAUUGCCUGGAACACGGUCUUAUUUAUCGCUGUGCGAACCAGUGCGUUGUGGCACUCUCUGUCUGUAGUGUCGAGAUGCCCGACAUCAUCAUAAAGGCACUUCCUGUCUUAAUAGUCAAAUUAACCCACAUUUCUGCUACAGCCAAUAUGGCAAUCCCUCUCUUAGAAUUUCUCUCAACUCUAGCAAGGCUGCCUCACCUCUACAGGAACUUCGCGGCAGAGCAGUAUGCCAGUGUCUUUGCCAUCUCCCUACCGUACACAAACCCUUCCAAGUUUAACCAGUACAUCGUUUGCCUGGCUCAUCACGUGAUAGCUAUGUGGUUCAUUCGGUGUCGCCUUCCCUUCCGAAAGGACUUUGUCCCCUAUAUUACAAAGGGUUUGCGCUCGAAUGUCCUCCUUUCCUUUGAUGACACGCCUGAGAAGGACAGCUUCAGGGCUCGCAGUACAAGCCUGAACGAGAGGCCAAAAAGUAGUUUAAGACUAGCCAAAAAUGCAAAGCAAGGCUUGAAUAACUCUCCUCCAGUGAAAGAGCUGAAAGAAUCCUCUGCAGUUGAUGCCUUCCGAUCCCGCAGCAUCAGUGUGUCUGAACAUGUGGUCCGCAGUCGGAUACAAACAUCCAUCACUAGUUCAAGCCUGGGCUCUGCAGAUGAAAAUUCAAUGGCUCAGGCUGAUGACAACUUAAAAAAUCUCCACCUGGAACUCACUGAAACCUGUCUGGAUAUGAUGGCUCGAUACGUCUUUUCAAACUUCACUGCGGUGCCUAAGAGGUCUCCUGUGGGUGAGUUUCUCUUGGCUGGAGGAAGGACAAAGACGUGGCUGGUUGGUAACAAGCUGGUGACCAUCACUACAAGCGUUGGAACAGGGACAAGGUCCCUGCUUGGCCUAGACUCUGGAGAGCUGCAAAGCAGCACAGAAUCAAGCUCAGACCCUGUUUUGCAAGUGAGACAAACUAAAGAAGCUCCAGCCAAACUGGAAUCUCAAGCUGGGCAGCAGGUUUGCAGAAGCUCUCGCAACAGAGUCCGAUCCAUGUCUGGUGGUCAUGCCUUACGUGUUGGUGCCUUAGACAGCUCAGCCUCCCAUUUCCCCAGUGGCUCGGCUUCCCAAGGGACACAGAGUCCUCCUGCUCCUGCAUCUCGAUCAGAGAAGACUAAUCCUGCUCCACAGACACCUCUGCAGAAAGAAAAAGCAAACUUAGCUGCAUAUGUCCCACUGCUGACACAGGGGUGGGCAGAAAUCCUAGUGCGCAGACCCACAGGUAACACAAGCUGGCUAAUGAGUCUGGAGAACCCACUCAGUCCGUUUUCUUCAGAUAUUAACAAUAUGCCCCUGCAAGAGCUCUCUAAUGCACUCAUGGCUGCAGAGCGUUUUAAAGAACACCGAGAAACGGCUCUGUAUAAAUCCCUCUCUGUUCCCUCAUCCAGCUUGGCCACUGGGACAGCCAAACCAUCGCUUCUCCAGCGUUCCAACACAGAGUCAGCGGUGGUGCUGGAGGAAGGGAGCCCUUCAGAAAUGGAGCUAAAGGAAACCGAAUCCCCAGCUGAGUCUCCAGAGAGUGAGGACAUUGAGACUUCAUGUUCUGAACAAGUCCUGAGUGAGGAAAGGUUUGGUAAACCCCAGGAGUCUUAUAGCAGGUCCUCCUCAACCUCUAGCCAAGAAGAAAAAUCUCUGAAGUCAGAAGACCUGGUGGAGGGUGGAAUUCCCAUUGGGAGAGUCCUGCCGUCAGAGGAUGGCCGAACACUGGAGGAGCUUUCCUUCCAGCCAUCCCAGCCGCUCAGCAAGUCUAGUUCUUCCCCUGAGCUACAGACACUGCAGGAGGUCCUCAAAGAUGCAAAUGGCAGAGAAGUAACAAGGAGGCUGAGCACAGAAGUGAAAUCAAAAUCCCAGUCUGGGAACCUGGAAGGGGAAGGGCUGGGCAGUUGGCUGGGCAAGGGGGAGGACGCCAGAGUGACUGGGUCAGGCGGGUUGGAUGGCACCGGUCCUGUCACCUCACCUCGCUCCCCCUCUGGGCACCGGCCCCGAGGAUACACCAUCUCUGACUCAGCCCCAUCAAGGAGGGGAAAAAGGAUUGAGAGAGAUGCCUUCAAGAGCAGAACAGCAGCCUCCAAUGCUGAGAAAGUACCCGGAAUAAACCCGAGCUUUGUGUUUUUACAGUUGUAUCACUCCCCAUUCUUUGGCGAUGAAAACAACAAGCCCCUUUUGUUGCCAAAUGAGACAUUUGAAAGAUCGGUGCAGCUCCUGGAUCAAAUUCCUUCCUAUGACACGCACAAGAUUGCAGUGCUCUACGUUGGAGAAGGCCAGAGCAACAAUGAAAUCGCGAUUCUGUCAAAUGAACAUGGAUCCUAUCGCUACACAGAGUUCUUGACUGGGUUAGGGAAGCUCAUUGAGCUCAAAGACUGUCAGCCAGAUAAAAUUUACCUUGGUGGCCUGGACGUGUGUGGGGAGGAUGGACAGUUUACGUACUGUUGGCAUGAUGACAUUAUGCAAGCCAUUUUCCACAUUGCUACUCUGAUGCCCACAAAGGAUUUGGAUAAAUAUCGCUGUGACAAGAAAAGGCACCUUGGGAAUGAUUUUGUUUCUAUAGUUUACAACGAUUCUGGAGAAGACUUUAAACUGGGCACAAUAAAGGGUCAGUUCAAUUUUGUGCACGUUAUCAUUACACCACUUGACUAUGACUGUAACCUGGUGACGCUGCAGUGUCGGAAAGACAUGGAGGGUCUCGUAGACACAAGUGUUGCUAAGAUCAUCUCCGAUAAGAACCUGCCCUUUGUAGCCCGUCAGAUGGCCCUGCACGCUAAUAUGGCUUCCCAGGUUCAUCAUAGUCGAUCAAACCCUACUGACACCUACCCAUCCAAAUGGAUUGCAAGGCUGCGUCAUAUCAAGAGGCUAAGGCACCGGCUGCGUGAAGAAACCCAGUACCAGACUCCUGGCCUUCCCCUGCAGAUUCAUCCGUCUGCUCCGACAAAGCCCCCUUCCCAGAUUCCCCAGGACCCUCCACCCACCUACGAGACUGGACAGAGGAAGCGGCUCAUCUCCUCGGUGGACGACUUCACAGAGUUCGUGUAGAUCCCAGCGGGUCAGUGCGUCUGCUCUGGGACGGACGAGGCAGCAGAAGUGUUUUACCUGCGUGCUGACUCCAUGCGGCUGCAUGGACACAGAGGAGCAGGGUUUGGCAGGCGCAGUGUGGCUGUGCCGCUUGCAUGCAGACCUGGCAUCGAACCAUACCGGAAGGCUUGGAUGUUUCACUGUCUCAGCCUGCCACGGUUGCCUGAGGAGGACACUGUAUCCCAACAGAUGCUCCAGGAGAGGACCAACCCUAUGUGUUUUAAUUUGGUUUGAGCUGUUUCAAGGCUUCCAUCUCUGACAGGAACUUUCUUGCAGAACCAUUCUUUGGCCUCCUUCCAUGCCAGCUUCUGGUGCAAGCAGACAAAGUAUGAUAUUCUGCACUUCAUCAUGUAGUUGGAAGGUGGCAGGAAUUGUGGGAAUUUUGAUGACUUUAUUGUGAAUUAAAUAUCCAGUCACUAUUUCUAAGCACCCUGGAAUCCCAGCUCCUCUCCAGGCCUCAGUGCCUCUCAGCACUUGAACUCUUUAGGCUCUCAGACUUGUUCUGCUGCCAGCUUUGGUAAGAGUUAACUGGGGUUCUCACGUGAGCUGCCAAAUGUGCAGCUUCAAUUACCAAGGAUUUGUCUCCAUUUUGAGAGAUUCACAGUCAACCCUCUCUCGUUUGGCAGAAAUUAUUUUGCUACCAGAAGUGAUGCAGAGCAGGGAGGUGGGUGCCCCUGGCUGCAGCGGCAGAAUGGCAGAGCUGGGGCACGAAUCGACGGUGAUGAACUGUCUCACCCACCGGGCUGACUGUGAGGAUUGACCCAGAGGCCAGACCUGGCUUCUAGGUUCAGCUGCAGAAUUCCCACUGGUUGCAGUGAUGCUGGGGAUAACUCUUGUCCUUCUCUGUGCACCCGCUAAAGCCCUUUUUGAAAGACUGCUGAUGUCUCUCGGGGCGUUUCGCCUGUUGCACUAAGGCAUAGUGACAGUCUCCUCCUGGGACCUCGACUGUUGAAGCGGUUAAUGAGCGGUCCUUUCGGUGCACGCAUGUAUGGGUGGAGCGGGAUUAUGUAGCCCAUCUUGUGCUAAGAUGGUCAUCAGACACUACACUACCAAACUGGGAGAAACCAUGUAAGCUGGACUAUACUGUGAGUACUUUAUCUCCUGCUUUGUCAAUGAAGGGGAAGCGUUGGCUUUUUGGUAACGGAUAACAGCAGCGCCCUUGCAGCGGAGAUGAAGACGAAGUGCAAUCUGCACACAUGACUGUGAAGUGACGGGCGAGGGGACAAAAGCGAUGCUACUGGCUUGUGCAGGGCUGUUUGGGAACUCUAAGUGUACGUUGUGGUUUUGAGUGUUUAUAAGUCGUAAAGGAAAUAAAAUAUUCAUAUGGU